AAAGGAUUUAGCAUUUUUAGAAUGAGAAAGUUUUGUAAUGUAACUUAAAAUUGAAAAGAGAAAAAUUAAUUAAUUUUCUGGUUACUUCUGAUCAGGGAAUAUUUAUAAUAAAAUCCUAAAAGAAUAACUUGAAAGGAGAAAUUCAUUGUAAAAAUGAGAACAUAAUUGACAUAAGAGAAUGAUAGAAUUGGUUCUUAAUUGUAAUUUAUUAAAAAAGAAAGAGAGAAAAUUAAAUCUUGAGAAAUUUGAUUAUGAAAAUUAAAUAGAUAUAUAAUUAGAGAAAGAACAUGAAGUAAAAGCUUUAGGUUAUUUUUUAAAAGAGGGAGUAAAUAUGAUUUAUAAUAUUUAUGUAUUUUUAUUUGGAAAAAUUGAAUCUAAGGUUUUUAAAAAGUUAAAGAUUUAAAAAUCUAGUAAAGAUAUAAAGAUUAUAAAAUUUAAUAAUUGA